AUGCCCAGAGAAUACGUGAGAUAUAAGAAGAUCAAAUCCCGCAUCUACCUCCCCGACCCCGAACAAGAGAAGGAAGAAGAGGAGGAAGAAGAGAAGGAAGAAGUAUCUACCGAACCACAGAAAAAAGCACGGCCAAUCAAGCGACGGUGGGGUGGGUAUACUUCCUCGUGCACCCGGUAUAUCUUUCCCGUCGCUGUUGAGAAGAAAGCAAAUGCAGAAUGGAUUCAACCACACCAACACGCUGUCAUGUUCUGGAAGGACAUCUCCGGCGAACCAAUGUUCUGGGCUGUUACAUGCAAGAGCCACGAACCUCGAGACAUAAAGGAUGCCAUGUACCAGUACCGAUAUCCCUUAAGCCCAGGUGUGCUGGAGGAAAAGAGGAAAGCCUCAGAUCGAUUAAAGGAAAAGAUAUCUAUUCUAGAUGAUUAUUGCUUGGAAGAUCUAGAUGACUGUAGUGUACGCACGAAGGUUAACGUGAAGAAGUUGAAAGCAUACGCGAACUAUAUGGAGGGGCGUGUCAUUGAGAUUACUCCAGAAGAAGCUGAAAGAUAUCUUUCUAAGCAGGGACAAGCGUUACCGAAGAUGGUUGAAAAGGUCAGUGAGGUGGGCCAAAACCCUCAAGUGGUUGGAGAUAUGCAUCUCCAGAACUAUGGGCUGGAUGUGUCUAGGCUAGAUCAACAGAGGCUAUGUGAACAUGGACUAGAUGAUCACGAGCCGAUGGUAAAAACGAACCAGAAGAAUAUUGGGACAGACCCGUCGGAUAGAGACAGUAUGAUGGAUACGGAUACAGGCCCCGAGCACAGCCGCCUUGAACCCGAAUGCACUAACCCUGGAGGUAGCGAGAAUACGUCUCAUAAUAGUAUCUCCUUGGAAACAGACCUGUCUGAUACAAUGGGAAUUCCGGGCGGUGUAGGAGAACAACACAAACAAGCACUGGCGGAGAAGCAGAAGAAGACCCCGAAUUCGACGGAUGUGAAGGAAUGCCUUGUUGGCAACCAAGCAUUAGAAGUAAUGGAGGAGAUAAUCAGGGAUAUGUUCUGGUUAGGGGAUAGUGCAGAGAGUCUCGAAGCGGUAGCUCUAUUUGAUAUAGAGGGGGUAGAACACCAACUUAUGAGGCCUAAAAGCCAAAGGCACAGUACUAUCGGCGCUGAUUUAUAA